CUCAGCAGCAUACGGCCAAAAGCAUCCGAAAUCCGGUUUUCGCUUGCCGGGAUGUGGUAGCCUGCUGGCCAGCGCCUCCUACACUUGCAAGCCCGCACGCCUUUUUCCUGCUCAGGCUGCAGCUGGAGGCCGUGAAAGAGCCAGAAAUAAAGGGCUGCAAGGCUGGGCAUGGGGCUGGGCUCAGGUCCAUCACCACUUUUUCUCCCAACUCUGUACACUUUGGAAACACAACACUUACAUCACUACUCGCUGCACAUGGAGUCGUACCCGCGCGCCCAGUUCCUGCCGUUCGAGAUAAUUCAGCAUAUUGCCCAGUAUGGUAUAGCCGGCAAGGGUGCCCAAGUCGUGCCCGCAUGCAGUGUGCUGGGCAAAGACAUACGCGAGCCAACCCAAAUCCAGGGCAUGCUGUGGGCGUGCCGCGCUUGGCGCUGUGCAGCCCUGCCUUUGUAUAGCUCGACGGCGACGGUCCGCGGCCGGUCUGACGCCCGCACGCUCUACUGGGGUCGGCGGGGGCUUACGAGCCGCAAGGCAUCGUCCCUGGGCUGGUCGCAUCACGUGCAGAAGGUUGUUAUCGUAGCCUCAUCGAUGGGUGUGAUUGCUGAUGAGGUUCUGCAGGAGCUGGGUGCCUCCUGCUUGUUUGCCAAUGCCACACAUGCAGAACUGCAGGUGUUUGGGAGCGACCAUGGCAGGGUGGAUGUUGGCGGGAUUAUGAAGGCGAUGCCGGUGGUGAUGCCUGGACUGAGCCGAGUGGAUUUGGGCGUGCGCAAGGCAUGGGUGGCGGGCGUGGAGGGACAUCUGGUUCAGAAUGUUGAUCUUGUGGCGUGUCCGGCGCCCCAGUUCUCCACCCCCACGGUUAAGCUCAAGAGUCUGACGAUUGACCCGUCCGGGCCAGAUCCGCAGUCGUGCUUUGCGCUAGCGCGUCGCUGCGCGUCGACCUUGGAGUCGCUGACCGCGCGGUACAUCCAUAUUCACGAUUGUAUCCAGCUCAUCCAGGACUCGCACGGGCGUAGCACCGAGUAUCCGAAUCUCAAGCAUCUGGAAAUUGACGCUCUGGGCGCCUAUGAGGACAAUGCCCUGGCUACGCGCUUGGCGCCGCCUGGCAUUCCGUUCCCGAACCUCCAGCAUCUGGGCUGCAAGUCCGCGUAUCCGUUUGCCAACGACGUGCUGUUGCGUGGAUGCCAUGCGUCGUUGCUGAAGCUGGAGAUUGCUGUUGAUGCAGCCUUGGCUGGCCAGCUGUUCCCGCCUGAUUCCUCAGAGGACCUGCUGCUGGCAAAGUGCUUGCAGCUGCGGGAGCUGGAGAUCCAGGUCAUCACCCGUAGUGGAGCGUCGGACGAUAGGAACCGCGUGCUGCACGACCGUGUGCUUCAUCUGGCGUUCGCUGCGCCGUUGCUUAACCGACUGCGCAUCUGCUAUCCAAACUCUCAGGCUGCGGAGUACAAAGACAGGCAGGGGUGACUGCACCCCCGUGUCCUCUGCUGAUCGGCAUAGUGGGGGAGGACCGCGGGCUGAGAAUGCAAUGCGUCUACUCUGUUAGUGGUAAUGCUCUUUGAUGUGCGGUUUACCCAGAAUGCUAUUAUCUGUUUCCCGUUAUAGUUCGGCCCUUGAGGUCUGGAAAUCGGCCAGGCCAGGUAUGCGGC